CACACCGAAACAGUGGAGGAGAGAAGAGUCGGGAGAAAAGAGCAAGAGAGGAGUAGGGGAGAAAAAGAAAAAGAAAAAGAAAAAGAAAAAGAUGAACACGGACAUAACGGCGUCGGUGAAACCGGAGUACCCGGUGAUCGACCGCAACCCCCCCUUCACGAAGACCGUCGCCAACUUCUCCGCCCUCGACUACCUCCGCCUCUCCACCAUCACCGCCGUCUCCGUCACCGUCGGUUACCUCUCAGGGAUCAAGCCGAACAUCCGAGGGCCGUCCAUGGUGACCGGGGGAUUGAUAGGGAUCAUGGGCGGGUUCAUGUACGCAUACCAGAACUCGGCGGGUCGGCUCAUGGGCUUCUUCCCCAACGACGCAGAGGUCGCCCGCUACAAGAAGAAGUAGAGCGCCUCCGCCGCCAACACCUGUAAUUUUCUCAAUUUCCUCGCUCUUUCGAUUCGACUUGAAUAAAAUGUGAACUCGGCUUCUUAGAUCCGUUGCGGGGUGUUUGUUGCUGAAUCUUGUAAUGGUGCUGUUUUGGGGAUGUUUGAUCAGAGUGAGCUCUGAUUUGUUUGUGACCGGCUUUUGGAUUAGCGUGUUCUCAUUUGUCUCGCAGUUAUUCCCUCAAAUCUUUCACUUUAAGUUGUGAUUUCAUAUGUAAUGCAGUAAAAAUUCUUUAAGAUUUA